AUGAUGGAACACGCUGGACUGGGAAAGAGCUACUGGGGUGAAGCAGUGAUGACGGCGAUGUUUCUUCGAAACCGCUGUCCAACACGUGCCAUUCACCAAGACAAGUCUCCAUAUCAAGUGUGGACGAUGAAGAAACCGAUUCUGGCCAACCUUAAAGUGUUUGGAUGCCACGCGUAUGUUCAAGUGCCUCAAGACAAACGCGCGAAGUUCGACUCCAAGUCAUCACUCUGUCGUUUCCUGGGAUACGCCGAACACCAGAAGUCAUAUCGAUUUGAGGAAGUGUCAACAGGAGCGAUCAAGAUCAGUCGCGAUGCCACAUUCAUGGAAGACAAGUUUGAUGAAGGUCCGCGCAACUACAACGAUGAGUCAAGUGUCGUUGAGUUUGAUGAUCAUGAUGAGGACGAAGAAAAAGAAGAAGGUAAAACUGACGACGACAUGGACUCGAGCGACGAUGACAACGAAGACACCAGGUCUUCGAAGAGCAACAUCAAGAGACACACGCGCACUCAAUCACUUGAGAAAGCUACCGUCAUUCCAAGUCCCAAGCGAAGAACAUACAGAGGUCCGUCGCUUGAGCAUGUGUCAGCGGCUGCAAUGGAUUUUGAAGCAGCCUACAUCGUUGAUUCAGUGGGGGAAACGCCGACUACAUUCAAGUCGGCGAUGGAAUCAAGCGACUCCGGCAAGUGGAAAGAAGCGUGUGACUCGGAGUUCGAUUCGCUUCAGAGAAACGACACGUGGGAAAUCGUGCCUCUUCCGAAAGGUCGCAAGGCCAUCGGGUGCCGAUGGGUUUUUCGUGUAAAGGAGAAUCAAGAUGGCGAAGUUGAACGUUUCAAGGCAAGACUUGUGGCCAAAGGAUUCUCACAGGAAUUUGGAGUUGACUAUGAAGAAACUUUCGCACCGGUGGCCAAGUUCACAUCGAUUCGUGUGGUGCUCAGUAUGGCGGCUAAGUACGGCCUAAUGCUACAUCAGAUGGACGUCAAGACAGCGUUUCUUAACGGCUCCCUCAACGAAGACAUCUACAUGGACCAGCCGGACGGAUACCUGGAUACAACACAGCCGGACUAUGUGUGCAAGCUAAAGAGAUCACUCUACGGCUUGAAGCAAUCGCCUCGCAUGUGGAACCAAACAAUCGAUGGGUUCAUGAUCAAGAUGGGAUUCAAGAAGUGCGAAUCGGACCACUGCAUCUACAUCAAGCGAGACGACCAAGACAUGAUUCUCGUGGUGCUCUACGUCGAUGAUCUCAUCCUGGCCAGCAGCAACAACGAACUCCUCAAGUCAACCAAGAUGGCGCUGAGCAAACGCUUCGAAAUGACGGAUCUCGGUGAGCUCGAUUACUUUCUCGGCAUGGAGAUCAAGAACGACCGUAAGACGGGAAUGGUGACUGUACAACAAACCAAGUUUCUCAAGUCCGUGUUAACCAAGUUCGGAAUGGAUAACAGCAAGCCAGUGAAGACGCCUCAAGAUCCCGGCCUGAAGCUAACCAAGAACAUGUGUGAACAAGAAUGCAAGCACGAAGACACCAUGUGCAACGUGCCAUAUCGAAGUGCUGUCGGAGGCAUCAUGUAUCUCAUGGUCGCCACACGUCCGGAUCUAGCUGCUGCAGUGGGAUCAUUAUCCCAGUUCUCGUCCGACCCAUGCCCGACUCACUGGCAAGCUUUGAAGCGUGUGCUGAGAUACCUGCAAGCAACGCCCAAUCAUGGUCUUGAGUUUACACGUGAAGAAGGAAGCCGUAUCUGCGGGUACACCGACGCAGACUGGGCCGGCGACAUUGAGUCAAGACGAAGUACAAGCGGCUAUGUGUUCAUGAUGAGCGGAGGAUGCAUCAGCUGGAAAAGCCAGAAACAACGGACGGUCGCGCUAUCUUCAACAGAAGCAGAAUACAUGGCGCUUUCCGAAGCAACCAAAGAAGCAGUAUGGCUCAAAGUGCUUUUGGGGGAACUUGGUGAGAUGACAAGCGACGAAGCGAUCAAGAUGUAUGAAGACAACCAAGGAUCAAUCGCUCUCGCCAAGAACCCGGAGUUCCAUAAGAGAACAAAACACAUCGACAUACGCUACCAUUUUGUGCGUGAGAAGGUGGAAUCAGGUGAAGUCGUUUUGGAGUAUUGCCCGACUCAAGAUAUGCUGGCAGACAUGAUGACCAAGCCGAUCGCCGCUGUACAAUUUGAAAACAUUCGCGAUCGACUUUGGAUCCAAGGUGCCGCAGCUAACGAGUCGAGAGGGAGUGUUGAAAAGACAGCGGCUGUGAAGAAGACACCUCGUCAAGCUGCGUCAAGUGUUGAAGCAAGUGGAAGACCAAGCUUCGCUAUACCGGUGGGUACCGGUAUGUACCAGUAA